ACAUAUCUUUUAUUAACAACAUGCAAAUUAAAUCUUUAAUUAAAUCAUCAAUUUCUCGACUAUUUUUAUUUCAUUUAUUUGCAGCAAUAUUUCAGCCAAUUUAUUCCUCUGAGAAUUUUAGACAGAGACGUUCACAAGAAUUAUAUGAGGUGCGUGUCUUUGAAGGAGCGCCUAUUGGAACAAAGGCAACCUUAAAUGAAGCUUUCGAUAAAGCAUUGUUACCUUUCAAUUCUUGUUUUGCACAAAUGGAUUCGGAUUUGGAUUGGCUAGAUUUUGAUCCUUUAAGACUUGUUUUCGAAACAAUUUCUGAAAUGCCUCAAAAUAAUAAUAGCAGACCAGCACAAUUUGCAGUACUUCAUUUACUUUGCCCAACAAAAAAACAUUCUCUCCAUUUUUCCGUUCAUAUUACUAGAAGGAAUAGACAUGCACCUAAAUUUCUUGAAUCCGAUUAUAAAUUUUAUGCACCGAUAGAUUUGUCUGUUGGGGCAGAAAUUGGUAGAGUUCAAGUUCAGGAUCAAGAUCCAAUUAUUUACAACAGCCAGGUCCAGUUAAGUAUUUUACUUUCAUCUUCUUCAACUCCAAUUCUCGGUUCCCAACCUAGAAGAAGUGCUAAUAAUUUAAUUAAUUCUGAUGAAGAACAGUCAUUGCAUUGGGAUAUAACUAAAGAAGGAUUAAUUAUAGUCAAAAGAUCUUUACGUCAAUUACGCCUUUACAAGCCUUAUCAAAUUCGGUUAUUGGCUAUAGACUUUGGAUCCCCUCAACUUUUUUCAUUGGCAAAUGUUUCUGUUAUACCUGUUUCUGUUUCUGGUAUAAAAUUUAAAAGAAUAUUCAAAAAUUAUUCAAUUAUUUUUGUAGCCCCACAAAAUGUCCGUGUAAAUAUAGCAAAUACCCAUUACCAAAUAUUUCAAUGGGAUUUACCUACAUUUGGAAUUCCUGAACGUUUCCGUUUAAUUUUGAAAAGGAAACCUUCAAAUAAAAAUGAGGGAGAGAAUAAAUUAAUUUUGCAUCAACAAAUGAUUGAACCAACAGAAACGAUUACAAUGACUAGAGUUCGUUUAUUGCCUGGAGAACAAGUAGAACUUUGUAUUUGGGCUGUAGAUGCUGAAGGAGAAACUCCUUCGGAAAUUAUUAAUUUUCAAACAGUUGAGAAUGCUCCUCAAUGUGAUGGUCAGUGUUCAUCACCUAAUGUUGGCCUUCCAAUGUGUUACUUUUCUAGUGCACAUUAUUUAAGACAAUUUCGAGAUUCAAAUGGAAAUUUAAAUUGUCUUUGUUUUGCCGGCUUUUCAGGGCCUCAGUGUGAUAAACUUGCCCAAAGAGUUCUCGAGCAAUAUGGAGGUGUUGAUUGGCCUGAAACUACUGUAAACAAUUCUGCUUUUGUUACAUGUCCAUAUAAUGAAGAUGGGCGUCGUUUAGAAAGAAGUUGUGGGUGGGAUUCACAAACAGAAAUGCCAAUUUGGGCAACAGCUUCACAACAAACCUCAAAACAAACAGAACAACGCGAAAUUGGUGGAGGUAGUUGUAGAACGCAGAGUUCAGUACUUGUCCAUCUUGGUGUUUUAGCUAAUUAUGGCCAAAGAAAUGAACAGACCCUUUCUGGACUUCAAUCAGUAAUGCGUUUUCUCUCUACAUUACUCCAAUUCCCAGCAUUUCAAAUAAAUAUUCAUUCUGCUCAUUUUGAUGCAAAAAUAGCAGAACAUGUAGCUCAAGUUUUGGAUGUUUUGGCAACAAAAAAUUUUUCGGCAUUGGGAGGAAUUGGAAAUAAUAAUGAUAAUUCUUCCCGGUUACUUAGGCGGCAAAUUGCUGAUUAUACUAAAGAAUUUGCGAGAAGAUUGCCGAAUCCAUUUUUACUUCAAAGUCCAAGUGGAGGACUUCAAAUGCGUGUUUGGGAUAUACUCCCUUCAUCUUCAUCAUCAUCACAGCUUUCCACUGAUAAAGAUUUAUUUGAUGACCCGAAUAUAUUUUUAGAAGAUAAAAAGGAAGAAAAUUCUUUAAAAGAAGACGAAGACGAUGAUGGAGGUGUGCAAAUUGGCUCUUGUUUCGUUCAACCUCCAAAGGGAAGAAGGAAUAAUUAUGCGAGAAUAGCUCGUGCUGUUUGUUUUAAAAAUGCAACUAUAGCAUUAUUCCCCACUCUGGAUGAAUUUGAAAUUAUUAGUGGAAAUCCGGUUUUGAUGCUGGAAGUUAGGAAAAGCAGGAAUGGACAAAAGAAGAAAAGAAAUGAAGAUGGAAUAUUAUCAGAAUCGAACACAUUUCCUUCGGAAUUAACAGAAGAAAUAUCAGAAGAAAAUCGAGAUCGUGAACCUUUAUUAGUUGGAUUUAGAUUACCUUCAAUUAGCAUGUCAAUUGAAGACGAUGAUAAUCAUACUUGCGCUCAUUAUGAUCAGAAUGCCCAAAUUUGGUCAAUUUCUGGUGUUGUUGUUCUUUCACGCGAAAGCCGUCCAACUGGCCAAAUUUUACUUUGUGAAGUUCACGGUUUAAAAUCUUCUGGAGUGUUUGCAGCUUUGCCUGAUAGAUUAUUUGCUCAAACUGAUUUAGGGCUGGCAAAAGCUUUUCUUUUAUUUUUUGAAAAUUUUGGGCCUACAAUAAGUGCUGCUUUUACAAUUGUUCUUUCUUUGGUUCUUCUCUUCUCUUUUAGCAUCUUUAGGAGAUCAAAUCGCCCUAAACAACAAACAGACCCAGCCCAUUUAACUUUACUUUUAUCAUUCAUUUUGCUCCAUUUUUUCCAUUUUCUUUUGCUAAUUCGUCCACAAUUAUCUUCAAAUUCUUCAUUUUUAUGGUGGAGAUGGUGGCCAGAUUCUAAUAUUUUAUUUUUAAUUUUUCAAUUAUCUCUACUUUCGUUUACUUCUUCAAUAGCUCUUUUAACUACAUCAAUUUAUUCACGAAUUGUAAAGCUAGAAGUGAGAACAGCAUUAAAAGGGAAAUCGAGAAGAGCUAGAUCUUUGGCUACUUUACUAUUUUGUUUAGUUCUGCCGUUAUCGCUAAGUGUGUUAACGUUAAUUCUUGAUGGUCAAAUACUUGAAGGACUUGACUCUGAUGAUCCUUAUUUACAACCAUUUAAUUGGAUUUUUGGAUUAUUUCUUUUAUUACCUUUAAUUGUUUCUUUGGGUAUUGCUAUGGGGUUUGGAGCUUAUUCUUUUUGGUAUGCCAAUCGUCUUUUGGCUGCUUCUUUUUCAUCAACAACUGUUCCAACAACUUCUGCCUCCAAUUGGCCAACUGAUUCUUUAGAAUCUCCGAGCACAAAUUCAAUAUCCACAACACCUUUACUUCUUCAACGUCGCCUGCUUCAUCGUUUAGGAAAAGCUUCGGGCCUUUCCUGGCUUCUUCUACUAUUUCCCAUUUCCAAUUUAUUAGUUCUUCUACAGCCAACAGAAACUUUAAAAAGUCUUGUUCUUUUUAUUCUUCACUUGCUAACUUUUAUUUGCCUUUAUUUAUUUCAUUUUCUUCUUGUCAAAAUCCAAUCAAAAAUGCCGCAACAGAAUACCCAAUUAAAUGGGGGAGGACAAUUAAUUAGUAAUUCUAGUAAUGGAAAUGGAAUUUAUAAAAAUAAUAAUGGAAAUGGAAAUAUUAAUCAACAACAACAAUUAUAUGUUCAUCAAAAUGGAGUUGGAAAUAAUGGAAUUAGUCAAAAUGAAAGAAUGAUGUUAACUAUCCAGGAACACGGCCAACUUCAACCUAUCGCCCCAGGCGAAACUCUUUUAUAUGAUAGAAAUAAUAUUAACAAUUUCAAUACGACAGAUAAUUUAUCUGUAAAAGAACGGUAA